AUGAAGUUCGCUUUGGAAGAUUCAUCAGAUAGCGAAUCUGUCAGUUCGUUGGAUUACUCAAUAUCUUCAGAUGAAGAGAUAACGAAUUCACCUUUACGUAACCCUCGUUCGUCAUUAGGGAGAGACAUAUUACAGGCAUACGAUACAUCUUCCGAUGAACUGGAUUCCGAAGAUGAAGUGAAUAUAGGUUUAGACGAUGAAUGGGAUGUUGUCAAGACCAAAGCAAGAGAACAACCAAGUUGGAGAGAGAAAAAGGACAAGUCGUACGUAUCGUUAUUCUUGCCUUAUUGUCUUGAAAUAUCGGAGCUGGAGAAACAUAAUGAUAAGCUGAUAAGAGCCACUAGUGCUAUUCAAGUCACCAAGAGAGAUAAAGGAAAAGGAAAAGUCAAGCCGCUUUCCUCACUAUCCUACAAACUCCUUACUCCCAAAAAACAAAUGAAUCUCAGAGUAGAAGGAGCAACGGGUGAGAGGGAGGACCAGUAUGAUCUUUGGCUCAAAACUGCUGACCAGGAAGCUUGGAGAGAUGGUCAACAACAAGCUAGCGAAAGGAGAGGAGAAAUACGUAAUAUCGCAUCUAAUGCUAGAGCGAGGUUGAAAACGCAAGAAGAUGAUCGACUCGCAAAGGAGGCUGAAGAACUCAGGAAGAUGUUAGAAGGAAUGAGUGUGCGACAAGGUCAAGAGGAAGAAGAGAUUGAAAGACAGUUCAAGGAGAGAGAGAAGAAAUUGUGGGAUGACAUCGAUGCAGCGAUAAAAGAAGUUGAAAGAAGAGAAGCGGAACUUGCUGCAGCGACUGUAGCAGCCGCUCGUCGGCAGAAAGAACAGGAAGCUGCCCGCGUCGCUGAAGCUGAGAAAUUAGCUCUAGCUCAAAAAGCAGAAGCUGAGAGACGAGCCAGAGAGGAGGCAGAGAAGCAACGUCAAGAUCAGUUAGCUAAAGAGGAAGAAGAGAAAAGACAACUCGCUCAAAGGCAAGAAGAAGAAAGUAAAGCCAAAGUGGCCGAGGAGAAGGAUAAGACAGGCUCAGACUGGAAUAAAUGGGUAGAGAGACAAAGAUGGAUGAAAACCAAUAUCAUCGAACCUCUCAAAGCAGAUCGAGCUGCUAGAACUGCUUUGAGACCGGGAAUGAGACUCAUGACUAGAGGAUUGGGUCAAGUUGUAAACUCAAGAGAAUCGAUAGUAAGAGUAUCCAAUGACUUACAUGCCAUACUCGUCCAACAAUUACCUUCUCCACCAUCACCCUCAUCAGCUGUCGUUUUGGACGAAAAUAUACCCAAAACAUAUGCCUAUCUCCUCUCUCAUCUCGCAAAAGCCCUGAUCAAGCAAGCCGAAUCCGAAGUGAACGCGAAAGCAGAUGCGGCUUUCCCAUUGGCUCGUAUCGUUAUGGGGUUACUGCUACGAGGACAUGGUGCUCUGGGAGAAAUUCUUUUCACUAGAUUCGUGAAGAAAUGUCCCUGGGUUAUACCAUUUUACCCUAACCGACCAGUGAAUCAAUCAAGAGAAGAAUACGAAAAAUCGACAGGCAGAGGUAGUGAUGAGUCAUUAGCCGAAUACAUCUCUCGAAUGGCCGGUAUUUGCACUCUUUACUUUGCUAUACUCCAAACACCACUAUCAUCUAUCAUUCCGACUAUUUCUGCAGCACCUCCCACACCUUCUCAACUCGAGAAUCUCAUCAUACCAGCUCUACGAUUCCCAUCUGCGUGGACGUGGUUAGCAUUAGCUCUCAAGGAUCCUUUACCAAUCUUACCUCCUAUCGCUCAUCUUGUAUCUUCCUGGAUCGAGAUAACGGCUCAUGAAGCUGUGAGAGUUUAUGGAAGAGGCCAAAUGGGCAAAGUAUGGGAGGUCAUUGAAAGAGAGGGAUUGAGUGAAGGGAAAAUCAAAGGUGACAGUGAAGCUGCCAGGCAGAGGUUGAGGUUGAUGUUGGAAAGCUGGAGAAGAGGAGAGGUUCAACUUCCAAGUGGAAGGAUAUGGGAUUGA